GAUUAAAAUAUAUAUGUUAUUUAAUAUCCAAUAACUUGAAGUUUUGAUUACUUAUCAAAUUUCAUCACUAUUUUGAUUCUUCUAUCGGAACUUAAUAUUAAUUACUUGUUUUUAUAGGUGUUCUUAGAUGGAGAAAAUUUCAAUUCUUGGUUUCCUUUUGGUCAUUCUAUGUUUCAUAACAAGAGAUCUUGCUUGCAAGGGUGAAACCCUUGAGGGAAAUUGCUUAAGAGCUAAUCGAGAAGCUCUUCUUGACUUCAAAAAUGGUCUCAAAGAUUCUUCUAACAACCGACUUUCAUCAUGGAUAGGAGGCAAUUGUUGUCAAUGGGAGGGAAUUGGUUGUGAAAAUAACACAGGAGUUGUUAUUUCAAUCGAUCUUCAUAACCCAUAUUAUCUUGAAGAAGCAUAUGAAAAUUGGAGUUCAAUGAACUUAAGCGGGGAGAUUCGACCUUCUUUGAUAGAACUCAAAUCUUUGAGAUCUUUAGAUUUGAGUGGCAACUCAUUUGAGCAUAUCCCAAUUCCUAAAUUCUUCGGAUCUUUGAGAAAUUUACAAUAUCUAAACUUAUCAAAUUGUGGAUUCAAAGGUGCAAUUCCUCCAACCUUGGGAAACCUUUCUAAUUUGCAAUUUCUUGAUCUUUCUUCCUAUGAAUCUCAAUUAUUUGUUAAGCACCUUGAAUGGAUGACUAAUCUUGUUUCCUUAAGGCAUCUCAAAUUGAACUAUGUCGACCUAUCAAUGGUAGGAUCUCACUGGAUGGAAGUAUUCAACAAGCUUUCAUUUUUAACAGAGUUGCACCUACAAGAUUGUGGGCUCUCCGGUUCCAUUUCAUCUCUAAACUCUAUCAAUUUUACUUCAUUGUCUGUCAUAAGCAUCAGUGGCAACUCUUUCCAGUCAAAGUUCCCAAUAUGGCUUCUAAACCUUAGCAACCUUGUAUACAUUGAUGUAAGCUCUAACAAGUUAUAUGGGCAGAUUUCACUUGCCCUUGGGGAACUACCUAACUUGCAGCACUUGGAUCUAUCUUCAAAUGAAAAUCUCACAGGUAGUUGCUCUCAACUGUUAAGCGGAAGUUGGAAGAAGAUAGAAUUUUUGAAUUUGGCAAUCAAUAAAUUUCUUGGUACGUUUUUGGCUUAGAAAAAUUAUUAUUGCCUAUUGAUUUUGAUACAUCAAAAUAAUGUAGUGGU